GAAAGAAAAGUAGCGAGCAUUAUUCAGUGUGUAUGUGAGUGGUAAAGUGCGUUUUCCUUCCACUUCCAAUCUGUCAAAGUCGCACACACACAACACAAAAUUAAAAUUCCCCAAAAGCAAAAAAAAAAAAAAAGAAGAAUAAGAGAAAGACAACACUCGUAGAAGAAGAAAGCGUUUCCAAGAAGCGAAAGGAAGGAAAGGGGUUUUGUGAUUUUUGAAGAAUCGCGUUUGGGAGUAGUCGGAGAUGGAGCUUUCGACUCCGAAUUCUUCCUCGAAGCACUUGUCCAUCACGCCGGGUUCUAGGGUUUUGAGAAGCCCUCUCUCCGACGAACAGAUCUGGAAGCGCCUCCGUGACGCUGGCUUCGACGAGGAAUCGAUUAAGCACAAAGACAAAGCUGCGCUUAUUGCUUACAUCGCCAAGCUCGAAGCUGAGAUAUAUGAUCACCAGCACCACAUGGGCCUUCUCAUAUUGGAGAAAAAGGAUUUGGCUUCGAAGUAUGAGCAAGUAAAGGCCUUGGCUGAAUCAUCUGAGUUAAUGCAUAAACAUGACUCAGCCAUGAAUAAAUCUGCAUUAACUGAAUCAAGGAAACGUGAAGAAAGUUUGAAGAAGACAGUAAGCGUCAAAGAUGCAUGCAUAGCAAGUCUUGAGAAGGCCUUGCAUGAGCUGCGUACAGAAAGUGCGGAAACAAAGGUUGCAGCUGAGAGUAAAUUUGCUGAAGCACACCAAUUGAUAGAUGAAGCACAGAGAAAAUUUACAGAGGCUGAAGCCAAGGUGCGUGCUGCAGAAUCUUUGCAGGCAGAGGCUAACCGAUAUCACAAUGUUGCAGAAAGGAAGCUUCGUGAUGUUGAAGCACGUGAAAAUAAUCUCAGGCGGCAAAUCAUAUCUUUCAAGUCUGAUUGUGAUGAAAAGGAUAAGGCGAUGAUUCUUGAGAGGCAAUCCCUUUCUGAAAGGCAAAAGGGUUUGCAACAAGAGCAGGAAAGAUUACUUCAAUCACAAUCCUUGCUGAACCAGAGAGAGGAACACUUUUUGAGUAGAUCUCAGGAACUGAAUCGUCUUCAAAGAGAGUUGGAGGACACAAAAGGGAAAAUUGAAAAGGAACAUGAAGCCCUACAUGACGAGAAAACAACCCUAAAACUGAAGGAGGCAACCUUAAUACAACGAGAAGAGGAACUUACUAAAUGGAAAUCUGAGUUGAGCAAGAAAGAACAAGAGUUACUUGAAUUUCAAGCAAAACUUUCUAAUAGAGAAUCUGAUGAAACUCAGAAAGUUGUUGCUGGUCAGGAAGCCGCAUUGAGAACCAAAAAAUAUAACUUGGAAGUUGAGCUACAAAUGCUGCGCAAAUUGGUUGAAAAUGAAAUUGAGGAAAAGAGACGGGCUUGGGAGUUGAAGGAGGUUGAUCUUAAACAUUGUGAGGACCAAAUCCUGCAAAGGCAGCAUGAGUUGGAAGUUCUGUCAAGGUCACUGAGUGAGAAGGAGAAGGAUCUGAAGGACUUGUCAAGUGCUCUUGAAGAAAAAGAUCAAAUGUUGAGUGCUUCUGAGAAGAAGUUUGAGUUAAAUAAAGUGCUUUUGCAGAAGGAAAAAGAUGAUGUUGAACAAGCAAACCAAGAUCUGCAGAAGUCAUUGGCAUCAUUGGAAGAUAAAAUAAGACAAGUUGAUAUUGACAAGGAGAAACUGGAGGCCAUGAAAAGUGAAACGGGUGACAUGUCAAUUUUGGAAGUGAAACUAAAGGAAGAGAUCGACCUUGUAAGAUCUCAGAAGUUGGAGCUUUUGGCUGAGGCAGAUAAGCUGAAAACUGAGAAGGCAAAGUUUGAAGCUGAUUGGGAGCUGCUUGAUGAAAAAAAAGAAGAGUUGCGGAAAGAAGCAGAAUUCAUAGCAAAGGAAAGGGAAGCGGUCUCCACAUUUAUUAAGAAUGAGCGUGACCAACUAAGAGAAGAGAAAGAAAAUCUGCGCAAUCAGUACAACCAAGAUUUGGGGUAUCUUGCCAGCGAACGAGAAAAGUUCAUGAACAAGAUGGCACAUGAACAUGCUGAAUGGUUUGGCAAGAUGCAGCAAGAGCGAGCAGAUUUCUUGCGGGAAAUCGAGUUGCAAAAGCAGGAGCUGAAUAACCUCAUUGAGAAGAGACGUGAAGAGGUGGAAAGUUCUUUGAAGGAAAGAGAAAAGGCUUUUGAGGAAGAAAAGAACACUGAACUUCAGUAUAUUAAUGCUCUUAAAGAGAAAGCAACAAAAGAGUUGGAACAGGUUUCCUUGGAGAUGAAAAGGCUUCAGACUGAGCGGGCUGAGAUAAAUUUGGAUCGUGAACGGAGAAAUAGGGAAUGGGCUGAACUUACUAAAUGUAUUGAGGAACUUGAGGUUCAAAGGGAUAAGCUCCGAAAACAGAGAGAAUUGUUGCAUGCUGAUAGAAUUGAAAUUUAUGCUCAGACUGAAGAAUUGAAAAAACUAGAAGAUUUGAAAGCUGUCUCUGAUGAUAAUGCUAUCACUGAAAUGCUUAAAUCUGAUAUGGAGUCUAACCAAAAGAAAAUCUCUGCAAGGAAGAACUUGAAGCAUCAAUCUCUUACACAAGGUGGUGAUAAAAUCAACUAUGGGUUUGAUACUCCACUUGUGCAGAAGUCACCUGUUUCUCCUCCUAGCCCUGUUCGAUUCUCAUGGAUAAAACGAUGCACAGAGCUAAUUUUCAGAAAUUCUCCUGAGAAGCCACUUGAGAGAAACGAGGAUUCUCUUAUGGGUUCUGAUACAGGUAAUGUUUGUAAUGGAAAACAGUACUCGGAAAAUGACGAAUCUCUUGGUAAUAUUGGCAAGGGACAGCAAAUAGGAUUUGCUUUUGAAGAACCAAAAGUAAUAGUUGAAGUACCUUCUCUAGAUGAUGCUAGAAGAAGUGAGAUUGAAUCUGAGGCUAAAGAUGUGAAUGGAAAAAGUGCUCUCCUGUUUCCAGAUGGACAUCAUGCAGGCAGACGGAAAAGAGGGAGGGGGAACGUGACUGAUAAAGUUGGCGAUCCACUUGUAGAUGUGGGGCAAAAUAAGAAAUCAAGAGCAGAACAAUCCAAUGAAAAGGUCCAAUCAGGUGUGUCUAAGGUCCAGCAGGUGUUAAUGUCAUCAAAUCAAACACAAGGGAACACGGAAGAAACUCGUGUAGUAAUGGUUGAUAAGGUUAUUCAUGUAUCAGAAGUGACUUCCGAGAAACUUGAUGCUCUCCCUAUCCUCAGUCAAGAACCAAGAGAUAAUAUGCAGAGUCCUACAUUCGGAGCAGAUCAAUGUAUUCUUCAUGGAGAAACAAUUGAUCGAUCAAAUUCUAAAACCAGGCAGGAAGAUAUUUUACCUUGUGCUUCCAGUGUAUUGGGAAGCACAGAAGAAAUAUCAAAAGGAAACAAUGAUCAAGUUUCUGAGCACUGUUAGUGUUAGGUGUUGUUUGUGGACAGGCAUUGCAGAUGAUGGGUAUGAUAUUGGUACUUGUAAUUUGUGUGGUUAAGACAAGUAUAUAUUAGGAGUGUAUGAGGAUGCCAUAGGAAUGGACUUUUCAUUUGUUAGUGACUUGGAGCUGGGUAAUGUAUGUAGAACUAACUUGGAGAUGUCUGCUGUGUGUACACACUAAAUGGAUGAAGUUGCAAAUUGCAAUUAGGGUGGGAUAGACUGUUGAUAUGAUAGUUCGUAAAACAGGGAUGUUAUGUACUCCAAAAAGAGUGAUAAAAAAGGAGAAAAGCGAAGUUAGAUGCAGCCCAGGGUACAUUACUGUCAAAAGUUGGUCUUCUGAUUUAGUGAGUUUUUUUUUUGCAUGGUUUUGUUUGUGGUGUUUAAACCUUCCAGAUUUGAGUUUUGGACAACGCUGAAUGUCAUCGUGUAGCCAUCAAUAGUGAUUUUGCUUGCGUCUACAAACACGAUGAUGGUCAGAAUCGCAUGUAUCUGAAGCUUGUGUUUUGCUGGUUCUUUAUUUUGCGCUAGUAUUAUGUUGCUCGAAUGCUUAAUAUAAUACUAUGCUGAGGAAGGGUGAAUUCUUUACCAAGUCACCAACCAUAUUAUUCAAGAGUUUGUACCUAGGGCAAUGCCCCAAAAAAAAAACUUUGGUUAAAUUACUCAUUUGGUACUUAUAAUUUCACGAUUUUUAUC